AGGAAUAAGUCAACCAGAAAGGCACUAAACUUGCGAUAUUCCUUAAUGAAAUGUGAGAGACAAAGAAACAACAGUGUGAAGAAAUCAGGAAACAAGAAUAUUACCAUUAAUCCUUCGAACAGAGAGUCUAUAAUGAAGGGAUUUAACUAUGAGGUGGCACUCGAGUCUGCUAAGAAAUCUAGCACCAACGAGUAUCACUCUAAGACGGUUGAAUUUAAUAUUAAUAUUUUUAACAAAUAAAGCCAAAAAGGAUGUGUAUAAAAAUUCAAAGAAAUUUAAAGCUCAAACUCUUAAAAAGAUGUCCGACUGUAAAAUAUUCUUUCCCUCAAAGGGCUUGAUUGGAAAAGUGGAAAGUAAAUAUAAAGAAAAGCCUCAGUUUGUUAUCAUCCCCAAAGAAAAAUACUUAAGAAUGCAGAGCGGGACUAAUUUUGAUAAUACUACUACAUUAAGAAGCUCUCCCUUUAUGAGGAAGAGUAGGAAGAAUGCAAUGAAUAACUACAAAAGUAAUAGAUCUCUGAUAAAUUAUUCCUCCCCGCCUCGCCAACCAAAGAAGAAACUUUUCCAAUCUAGAAGACUAAGAAAGUCAACUGAUUAUAGAAGGCCAAGAAUAAGUGCAAAUACCUCUUCUUGAAUGUUGAAACCCUCUAAAUUUAAGAAUCUUUCGAGACCUAGAACAGGCAUAUUGAAGAAAAGGAAAGCUUUAGAGCCAUUAGUCAGAUAUAAAGCAUCUAAAAUGCCUAAAGCGAAAUUUAAAAAGCCAUAUAUAAGGGUUAAUGCAUCCAUAGAAUAUCCAACAGAGACCUCGAUGAAUAUACAAGCAUUCAGGAAGAAAAGCUUAAAGUCUACUAAUAAGAUGGAGGAGCGUUCUUGGAUUGAUGAGUUACACACUCAUUCAAGAAUCAAUAUCAAUAAUAUCUAACCUUCAAGCCAUUUAUAGUCUUAUUUCCGAGUAUCUCUUUCUAGU